GGCAGGGCUGCGAGAUGCGGGCCAUGUCGGCGGGGGGCUGCAGCUACCAGUUCCGGAUCGCUCUGCUGGGGGACGCGGCCGUGGGCAAGACGUCGCUGCUGCGGCGCUACGUGGCGGGCGAGCCCGGUGCCCCGGAGCCCGAGCCCGAGCCCGAGUGGGCGCCCACGGUGGGCGUCGAGUUCUACAGCCGCAAGCUGCAGCUGCGAGCCGGGCCGUGCGUCAAACUGCAGCUCUGGGACACGGCGGGCCACGAGCGCUUCAGGUGCAUCACCAGGUCCUUCUACCGGAAUGUGGUGGGUGUCCUACUGGUCUUUGAUGUGACAAACAGGAAGUCCUUUGAACAUAUCUGCGACUGGCACCAGGAGGUCAUGGCCACUCAGGGCCCCCACAAGGUGAUCUUCUUACUGGUGGGCCACAAGAGUGACCUGCAGAGCACCCGCUGUGUCUCAGCCCAGGAGGCGGAGGCGCUGGCUGCCUCCCUGGGCAUGGCCUUCAUAGAGACCUCCGCCAAAAAUAACUGCAAUGUGGACCUGGCCUUCGACACCCUUGCUGACGCCAUCCAGCAGGCCCUGGAGCAGGGGGACAUCCAGCUGCAGGAGGACUGGGGGGGCAUCCGGCUCAUCCACAAGACCCAAGUCCCCAGCGGCCCCCCCAGAAAGCAGCCCCCAGGUCCAUGCCAGUGUUGACUCUGGGAGGGAAAGGGUUGAAGCAGCGGCAACCUCAGAAGUGCUGCUGGCAUGGGGAGUGUCAGUACCUUUCUGGAGCAAAGGGCAGGAUGUAUCCAAAGGGUUAAUAUAAACAGUAUCCGAGCAGUCACACCUCCUGGAUUUUGGGGUUUCAGAGUUUAGCCCCUUUCUGCCAGAAAGCUCUAAGAAGCCAGGUGUGCAGCUUUGUGUCCUUCAGCCUGUUUCCUCAGUUGUCAGUGGGGCUCAUAAAAGACCCUUGCCACGGUGGGUGUGUGUGUGUGGGGGGGUGGGCAUGAAUGAGAAAUGGAUGGGGGACAUGCUCAGCCAGAGCCAGCCCUACGGUAAGAGCUGAAUACAAGAACUGUCCUCACCACUCUUUCCCCUCUGACAUUUCUGGCAGUGCUCCCGAGCCCUGACGCUGAGACGCACCGAGUCUGGACGCCGCCGCACAGGCGGGGACUGGGCAGGGGAUUUCGGGGCAAGCCUACUUGGGAGCUUCCUUAGGUCCUCAGACUUGGAUGAGUCUUAAAUGUGUGCCCUGAAACUCAGGGUUGCUGCCCAGUGCCCCUACUCCAAGGCCGGGCGCUGGAUCUGGAUCUGGGAGGCAGGGAUGAAGGCAAGCGAGCAGCUCCUAGGUUGGGCACAUAGUGGACACUGUGAUUAGCCACCAAGAUGUCCCUUCAGGGCUGAAGAACCCCCAGCCUUCUACCCCCACCCCGGUAUCCCCCCUCCCCCAGCUGCUGGGAGUGCUGCCCGCGAUGGUGAUGAUGGUGGGCUCACAGCAUCCUCUGGGAACUGCCUCCCGGUCAGGGCUGCCCACAUCCAGUGUUGAUCUGUUGAAUCUGUUGGGGGGUGGGGAGUGAGUGUUCAAAGGCCUGGCUCUCUUGCCCCAGCUCUGAAGGUCAAACCCAGCUUCAUUACUCUUCCUGGGGCUGAUUGAAGCCAUUGUUCUUACAUCACAGCUAAAUUCUCCCUCUGCUCAGGCCCACUUCCCACCCUUCCUCACCCAAGCAGAUACUGAUCUCAAGAACCCUCUAAUCAAUGCUCACUAAUCCUCAUCUCAGAAAUUGCCUCCUGGGGAACACGAACAGCUAGGUAAUCAGGGAAGGCUUCCUGGAGAUGGUGUUUAUGUUGGUAAGACUCUCAGCAGGUGCAGAGGGGGUGUCAUUGUGCCAGUGGGCAUGGGAAGGGCAAGGACAGUUCCACAGCAAAAAAGAGCACAAUCACUUCACUCACUUUGUGACCUGGGGACUUACUCAGUCUCAGAGUCCUCCUCAGUAUCAUGUGACUGACAAUCCUUUCUUCCGAGGGUUCUUGGGAGGUUUCCAGUCAGGGUGGGUUUCUGAGCUUCCUCCCCACGGGGCUGGGCCAGGGUGGGUCUCCUUGUGCACUGUCUCCUCUCUUAAAACAUCAUCACUCAUCCUUAGUCUGGCAAGGUUGGCAGGUUACCCUCAUUUCACCAAUGGGGAAGCUUGGAGAGGGAGAGGGAAAUGACUUGUUUUUGAGAAUGUUAUCAUUCCUUCAUCAUUGUUUUAAUAAUAAGCAUCUACUCUGUUCUGGGCUCUGAGGAUGCAGUAGUGAGCACGACAGAAAAGCCCUCCUGGGGUUGACAUUCUAGUGGGAGAGAGAAAAAAUGAGUAAAUAAGUGAACUAAAUGAUUUCCAGUUGUAAGUGCUAUGAAGCCCACAGAUCCUGGAGACAGGACUGAGAGAGAUGGGACUGACUGCUUUAGAGCAGUUGGUCAGGGAGGGCCUCCCUGAGGAGAUGACUUUGGAGCUGAGAGUAGGGGAGGGAGAAGAUGGGUGAAGCUAAGAGUGGAGGUCUGGGCCGAAGGAACGGUGGCCAGCACUGAAUACUUCUUACAUCCGUGUGAGAUAGGUACUAUCGUUCCAUUUUACUGAUGUGCAGACUAAGGCCCAGUGAGCAGGUUAACUGAAGCCAGUGAGCAGAGGGAGAAGCCCCGAGGCAAGGAACAAGGAAAGAGCUGGACUCUUUCUAGGAAUUUACUGGAGAUCUGAGCAGCUAGAGUAAGUGAAGAAGCAGGGAGUGACCUUCAGCUGGGUCUGUGGUUUCUUAUCUCCCAGAGCUUUCCUGAACAAGAGUAUAGUGUAAGCCAAAGCUUGUUUGGGAGAUGAGCACCUGGUCCUGGGGGUGAAGGUGGGGAUUUUGCUGUCAGGAGUUCAAAACCUCCCCAAAUCCCUGAAGACAGGAAGAAAAAACUGACCUUCUCCUCUGUCCAAAUCCUGGCUGGGCACUGGAGAACCAGCCCAGGCCCACCCAAGGCUGGGUCCAUCUCCAAGAAGAUGAUGUUGCCCACUGUCCCCAGCUGCCUCCCUUGAAGACUAUUCAGCAGGCUUCAGUCAUACAUCUCUAAUGCUCCUCAGCCUCAGUUUCCCCAUCUGUAAAAUGGGGAGAACAGUAGUUUCUGUCUCACAGGGUUGUUGUGAGGAUUAAAUGAGGUAUUAUGUGGGGCGCCUGGGUGGCACAGCGGUU